UUCAACAGUUUUCUCCAAAUAAAUAAAUUUGCUGCCUCUUCACUUUCAAUCCUUUUUACACCCUCAAGCAGAAUAUUAAGCUGAGGAUAUAAAAAAAAUGGUCUUUAGCCACUUGCUUUUUGCAAUGCCUGGUUAGGAGGUUUCUCUUUGAAGCAUGCAAUACUACCUACAUAUUGUGCAAUUUUGUACCAUAAUCAUAAUUGAGACGAAGACCCAUUUUAAUAAUCUUUUACAUCUGUUCUGUCAUCCCAUAUGUUUUUGUUGUUGUUUUUUAAGAAAAUCUGGUUAACAAAAUAGCAUCUUUUAUUUUUUUAAAUUAAUCCGUUUAUCAGAAAUUUACAAUGUCUAUUCAUUCCAUCAGCGCAGGAGCUCAGCUGGUGGCCAUGAGAACCCAAGGUAAAAGGUGUUGAAUGCAACUUCCUUGUUACUACAGAGUUGUGGUCAAGUCCCAAGGAAUAUGACAAACCUGGAGUCGUACCUGAGGAGGUAACUGCUGCUGGCUAACAGGGCAGAGGUGUGUGUCACCAUGGAAGACGCAAGCCCGUCUAGCAGUGUCGACGUGGACAAAGGCUUUGCCAUUGCGUUUGUUGUCCUUCUGUUUCUAUUUCUGAUAGUGAUGAUUUUUCGGUGUGCCAAGUUGGUGAAGAAUCCGUACGAGGCAAGCUCCACAACCACAGAAACACCUCUGAGCUGAAGUGUGAUAAAACCUGGGACACCCGCUUACAAGAGAUUUGAAUUAUUUUAUACAGACUUUAUGAUCCAGACCUUAUAUUAUCUCACCUCCCCAUUUCUCAGCCUUCUCACUCUUGCAUUCCACAAUGGAUAUAGAGAGUGAGUUGAGAAUAAUAAA